AUGCUAAUCGUCUCCAGAAACGCGCACUUAGCCUACCCUGGGAAAACUGAGUGUAUCAGUGUAACCAUAGUUGUCGUGUGUCUCGACCAUAAAUCCAUUUCAUACAAGAACAAGUUGCUCUCUUGUCUACUCCCGCCAAAACUGGGCCCGUGCAAGUCUCAAAUUCUCCUCGAGGAAGUUGGUGCUGCGGAAUGCCUGGACAAGUCCGUGCGCUUUGCUGUGUUCAACUUGACGAUCAACUUAAUGGCGACCGCAUGCGGGUGGUCCAAGCCGAAUUCCCCUGCAAUCAUCGUACACGCCUUCGGCGACUACGAUGGGAGUCGUCGUCUGCCGAGAGAGGAGGCCCUGAUUCACGCGCCCUGA